AUGGAUGAAUGUAAGGCAGCAAGAACUCCAAUUAAUCAAAAGGAGAAGCUAUGCAAAGAAGAUGGUGAUGUCAAAGUUGAUGAAGGAUAUUUUAGAAGUUUGAUUGGUUUUUUGAUGUAUUUCACAGUAACAAGGCCAAACAUUUUGAAUGUUGUAAGUAUUUUGUCUCGAUUGAUGCAUUGUGCAAGCGAAUUACAUCUCAAGGCUGCCAAAAGAGUGAUGCGAUAUAUAAAAGGCACAAGUGAUUUUGGUAUCAAGUUCACAAGAAGCAAGGAGUUCAAGUUGGUUGGUUUUUUUAACAGUGACUGGGGAGGUUCCAUUGAUGAUAUGAGGAGCACUUCAGGCUAUUGUUUUACUCUUGACUCUAGUGUUUUCUCAUGGAGCUCAAAGAAGCAAGAAGCUGUAGCCCAAUCUACUACUGAAGCAGAGUUUAUUGUUGCAACAACUACUGUUAAUCAAGCUUUAUGGCUAAGAAAAAAUUUAUUUGACCUUGAUUUUGAGUAG